AUGGGGACAAAGAGAAUAUUGAUCGGCUAUGGCAUUGAUGUCGAUGCUUGCUCCAGCGCGAUCAAUACUCGAGAUGGUGCCAAACCCGACCUGACCAACAUCUCGCGCGGUACAUUCGGGGCCACUGUCGGUGUCCCCCGUCUUCUGGAUCUAUGGAAAAAGAAGAACAUCACCUGCUCUUGGUAUAUUCCGGGUCAUACGCUGGAAACUUUCCCAGAAGAGAUGGCUCAGAUCCGAGAUGCUGGACAUGAGAUCGGCUUGCACGGUUACACCCACGAAUAUCCAGGAGAUCUCACCCGUGAACAGUUUGAGACGACUCUGGCCAAGACGAUUGAGAUUCAAACCAAAUUCUGCGGCAAGAAGCCUCGAGGGUUCACAGCUCCGGCGUGGAAGACGAGUCCAGAUAUGGUGGAGGUUUUGGAACAAUAUGGCAUCGAGUAUGGUGAGUGCGAGGAAAACCCCUAUUUCGUGCCCUAUGGCCGGGAGCGGUUCAAGGCUACAGACUACAAGAACCACCCUGGGACGUGGAUGGUGCCGUUGCAGCAAAGCUCGCCGUCAAAAAUGGUUGAAAUUCCUGGUAACUGGUCCGUAGACGACUGGCCGCCUUUCCAAUUCGAUCCAUGGUCCAAUUCGCAAGGCUACGUUGAUCCCUUCAACAUCCAACGGCAAUGGCAAGAACAGUUUCAAUGGUGUUACGAAAACUAUAACACAUUCAUCUUUCCCAUCAGCAUUCAUCCUCAAGUCAGCGGACGGCCUCAUAUCCUCAGGAUGCAUGAGAGGUUCAUCGACUGGGUCAACAAUGAGCAUGAAGGAGUUGAAUGGUGCACUUUCGCGGAAAUGGCAAAAGAGUUCAGAGAGGGGAGGAUCUAG